CCCCGCUUCCCCUCUCGGCUCAGGCCCCCUCCCCCCCCGCCGCCCCCGCCCCUGGGGAAGGCAGGCGCCGAGCUGAGCGGAUGCCGCUGAGCCGCUCCGCCGCCGCCGCCUCUGCGGAGCCCCCGGCGCCGCUGCCCUCCGCGCCGGCCCCGGCCCCGGCCCCCCCCGGCCCCCUCCCGCGCAGCGCGCCCAACGGGGCCCCGGAGGGGGAGAAGGGGGGGCCGGGGCGCCGCGCUGAGCCCCCGCGCGCCCCGCUCCCGCUCUUGGGCGGCCCCGGCCCCGGCGCGGGGAUGGACGGCCCCGGGGCCAGCGCAGUGAUCGUGCGCAUCGGCGUCCCGGACCUGCAGCAGACGAAGUGCCUGCGUCUGGACCCGGCCGCGCCCGUGUGGGCCGCCAGGCAGCGCGUGCUCUGCGCCCUCAACCACAGCCUGCAGGACGCGCUCAACUACGGGCUGUUCCAGCCGCCCUCCCGGGGCCGCGCCGGCAAGUUCCUGGACGAGGAGCGGCUCCUGCGGGAGUACCCGCCCAGCCUGGACACGCCCCUGCCCUACCUGGAGUUUCGAUACAAGCGACGGGUUUAUGCCCAGAAUCUCAUUGAUGAUAAGCAGUUUGCGAAGCUUCACACCAAGGCAAACCUGAAGAAGUUCAUGGAAUACAUCCAGCUCCACAGCACAGACAAGGUGGCCCGUCUGCUGGACAAGGGGCUAGACCCCAAUUUCCAUGACCCUGACUCGGGAGAGUGCCCGCUGAGCCUUGCCACCCAGCUGGACAACGCUGCCGACCUGCUCAAGGUGCUGCGGAACGGCGGCGCACACCUGGACUUCCGCACGCGGGACGGGCUCACCGCUGUGCACUGCGCCACUCGGCAUCGGAACGCGGCCGCACUGACGACCCUGCUGGACCUGGGGGCGUCUCCCGACUACAAGGACAGCCGCGGCCUGACGCCCCUGUACCACAGCGCCCUGGGCGGGGGCGACGCACUCUGCUGCGAGCUGCUCCUCCACGACCACGCUCAGCUGGGGACCACCGACGAGAACGGCUGGCAGGAGAUCCACCAGGCCUGUCGCUUUGGGCACGUGCAGCACCUGGAGCAUCUGCUUUUCUAUGGAGCCGACAUGGGGGCUCAGAAUGCCUCAGGGAACACAGCCCUGCACAUCUGUGCUCUCUACAACCAGGAGAGUUGCGCACGUGUCCUCCUCUUUCGUGGUGCCAACAAGGACGUCCGUAAUUACAACAGCCAGACGGCCUUCCAGGUGGCCAUCAUCGCAGGGAACUUUGAGCUGGCCGAGGUCAUCAAGACCCACAAAGACUCCGACGUCGUACCAUUCAGGGAAACCCCCAGCUAUGCGAAGCGCCGGCGGCUGGCUGGUCCUAGUGGCUUGGCGUCUCCACGGCCCCUCCAGCGCUCUGCCAGCGACAUCAACCUGAAAGGUGAGGUGCAGCUGGCAGCUUCUCCCGGGCCCUCGCUACGAAGCCUUCCCCACCAGUUGCUGCUCCAGAGGCUGCAGGAGGAGAAAGAUCGGGACCGGCCUGGCGAGCAGGAGACCGACAUCAGUGGCCAUGUGGUGGCCAGGGGCAGCCAGAGCAAGAUCAGCCCGAGCGGCCCCGGAGGCCCCGGCCCCGCGCCCGGCCCUGGCCCGGCGCCCCCCGCGCCCCCCGCGCCGCCGCCCCGGGGCCCGAAGCGGAAACUUUACAGCGCGGUCCCCGGCCGCAAGUUCAUCGCCGUGAAGGCGCACAGCCCGCAGGGCGAGGGCGAGAUCCCGCUGCACCGCGGCGAGGCCGUGAAGGUGCUCAGCAUUGGGGAGGGCGGAUUCUGGGAGGGGACGGUGAAGGGCCGCACUGGCUGGUUCCCGGCUGACUGCGUGGAGGAGGUGCAGAUGAGGCAGUAUGACACGCGGCACGAAACUCGCGAGGACCGGACGAAGCGGCUCUUCCGCCAUUACACAGUGGGCUCCUAUGACAGCCUCACCUCCCACAGUGACUAUGUCAUCGAAGACAAGGUGGCCGUCUUGCAGAAGAGGGAUCACGAGGGCUUUGGCUUCGUACUCCGAGGGGCCAAAGCGGAGACCCCCAUCGAGGAGUUCACGCCGACACCCGCCUUCCCCGCGCUGCAGUAUCUGGAGUCGGUGGACGUGGAGGGCGUCGCCUGGCGGGCCGGGCUGCGCACCGGGGACUUCCUCAUCGAGGUGAACGGGGUGAACGUGGUCAAGGUCGGACACAAGCAGGUGGUGGCCCUGAUCCGCCAGGGCGGGAACCGCCUGGUCAUGAAGGUCGUCUCGGUGACCAGGAAGCCUGAGGAAGACGGGGCCAGGCGCAGAGCCCCCCCGCCCCCCAAGAGGGCCCCCAGCACCACGCUGACCCUCCGCUCUAAGUCCAUGACGGCCGAACUGGAGGAGCUUGCCUCAAUUCGGAGAAGAAAAGGGGAGAAGCUGGAUGAGAUCCUGGCGGCCGCCGCGGAGCCCACCCUGAGGCCAGACAUCGCGGACGCUGAUUCGAGAGCUGCCACCGUCAAACAGCGGCCCACCAGCCGGAGGCUGACCCCUGCCGAGAUCAGUUCGUUGUUUGAGCGCCAGGGCCUCCCUGGCCCAGAGAAGCUGCCGGGCUCGCUGCGGAGGGGGCUUCCCCGGACGAAGUCAGUAGGGGAGGACGAGAAGCUGGCAUCCUUGCUGGAGGGGCGCUUCCCACGGAGCACGUCGAUGCAGGAUUCGGUGCGCGAGGGCCGCGGCAUCCCGCCACCGCCGCAGACAGCCCCGCCGCCCCCUCCUGCCCCCUACUACUUCGACUCGGGGCCGCCCCCUGCCUUCUCGCCGCCGCCGCCACCGCCGCCGGGCCGGGCCUACGACACGGUGCGCUCCAGCUUCAAGCCGGGCCUGGAGGCGCGCCUGGGUGCGGGGCCCGCGGGGUUCUAUGAGGCCGGCGCGGCCCUGGGCCCGCUGCCCUACCCCGAGCGGCAGAAGCGCGCGCGCUCCAUGAUCAUUCUGCAGGACUCGGCGCCCGAGACCGACGGCGCACGGCCCCCGCCCGCGGCCACCCCGCCCGAGCGCCCCAAGCGCCGGCCGCGGCCGCCGGGGCCCGACAGCCCCUACGCCAACCUGGGCGCCUUCAGUGCCAGCCUCUUUGCGCCGUCCAAGCCCCAGCGCCGCAAGAGCCCGCUGGUGAAGCAGCUGCAGGUGGAGGACGCGCAGGAGCGCGCGGCGCUGGCGGUCGGCGCUCCCGGCCCGGGCGGCGGAAGCUUCGCCCGCGACCCGUCGCCGACGCACCGCGGGCCCCGGCCUGGCGGCCUCGACUACGGGCCCGGAGACGGCCCCGGCCUGGCGUUCGGCGGCCCGGGCCCCGCCAAGGACCGGCGGCUGGAAGAGCGGCGCCGCUCCACGGUGUUCCUGUCGGUGGGCGCCAUCGAAGGCAGUGCCCCCACCGCCGACCUGCCCUCCCUGCAGCCCUCCCGCUCCAUCGACGAGCGCCUCCUGGGCGCCGGCGCCGCCCCCGGCCGCGACCUGCUGCUGCCGUCCCCCGUCUCUGCCCUGAAGCCAUUGGUCAGCGGUCCCAGCCUCGGGCCCUCGGGCUCCACUUUCAUUCACCCACUCACCGGCAAACCUCUGGACCCCAGCUCACCCCUGGCCCUCGCCCUGGCUGCCCGCGAGCGGGCUCUGGCCUCCCAGGUGCCCUCCCGGUCCCCCACGCCGGUGCACAGCCCGGACACCGACCGCCCCGGGCCUCUGUUUGUGGAUGUCCAGGCCCGAGACUCAGAGCGAGGAGCCCUGGCGUCCCCGGCCUUCUCCCCACGCGGCCCAGCCUGGGUUCCUGUGCCUGCUCGCAGGGAGCCUGAGAAAAGCCCCCGAGAGGAGCGCAAGCCACCGGACGACAAGAAGUCCAUGAUCCUCAGUGUUCUGGACACAUCCCUGCAGCGGCCAGCCGGCCUCAUCGUGGUGCACGCCACCAGCAACGGGGAGGGGCCCGGCGGGCUGGGGGCCCAAGAGGAGCGCCCAGGCUCCCUGGAGCCGACUCCGACCCCUGCACAGUCGGCGGUGGUGGCAGUGGCAGAGCCCCUGCCCAGCCCCCGGGCCCAGCCCCCCACCAGCACCCCAGUGGAGCCCGCACUAGGCCAGGGCAGCUCAGAGGAGGAGCCAGAGCUGGUGUUUGCAGUGAACCUCCCGCCUGCCCAGCUGUCCUCCAGCGACGAGGAGACCCGAGAGGAGCUUGCCCGCAUUGGGCUGGUGCCACCCCCUGAAGAGUUUGCCAAUGGAGUCCUGCUGGCCACCCCACUGCCCGGCCCAGGCCCCUCUCCCGCUGCGGUGCCUGGCCCAGCCUCAGGGAAGCCCAGUAGCGAGCCGCCCCCUGCCCCUGAGUCGGCAGCCGACUCAGGUGUGGAAGAGGCUGACACCCGCAGCUCCAGUGACCCCCACCUGGAGACCACGAGCACCAUUUCCACGGUGUCCAGCAUGUCCACGCUGAGCUCAGAGAGCGGCGAGCUCACCGACACCCACACCUCCUUCGCCGACGGACACACUUUUCUACUCGAGAAGCCGCCAGUGCCUCCCAAGCCCAAGCUCAAGUCCCCCCUGGGGAAGGGGCCGGUGACCUUCAGGGACCCGCUGCUGAAGCAGUCCUCGGACAGCGAGCUCGUGGCCCAGCAGCACCACGCCGUCUCUGCCGCCGGGACUGCCCGCCCUCGCUACCUCUUCCAGAGAAGGUCCAAGCUGUGGGGGGACCCCGUGGAGAGCCGCGGGCUCCCUGGGCCUGAAGACGACAAGCCAACUGUGAUCAGUGAGCUCAGCUCCCGCCUGCAGCAGCUCAACAAGGACACCCGCUCCCUAGGGGAGGAGCCGGCUGGCGGCCUGGGCGGUCUGCUGGACCCUGCCAAGAAGUCGCCCAUGGCGGCAGCGCGGAUCCCUGCUGUCCAUUAUCGGGACUUGCUUUGUCUGCGAUGGAAGGCUCUUUCGGGCACCCGGAAUAUCCCCCGUUGGUGCUGAGGUGGGAGCUGGUACCCGUCAGGGACCAGGCUGGGUCUGAGGCUCACCCUCCGGCUCCUGCCCCGAGCGGCCUCUGCCCUCCGGGCUCAUUCUAAGGCCCACUCCUGGUCCUGCCCUUGCCCGUGGCCAGCGCCACCUUCCCCAGAGCCACCUUGUGCUUGUUUUCUCGUAAAGGCUUGGCGCCUCCUUUCCUCCUGGGACCUGCCCCCAGGAGCACAGCUCAGAGCCCCUCGAAUCAGAUGCCUCUGGGUGGCCUGAGGUGCUGUAGGGAGAGGGGUGGGACCUACUGUUUCUGAACCCACCACCCCCCAGAACACUGGACUGGCACGUCUGCCUUCACUUCCCCACCCCUUGCCCGUCCCUCCGUCUGAACCCGCCCUGCCGGGGGUUGGGGCCACAUUGCUAGAAGUGUGGUGGCGGCACUGGCAUGGGGAGGGGCUGCUCGGGCUGUCGUUCCUCUGGCUUGGCGGAAGCUGCUGGAUCCCUGAUGACCCCUGGGCUCUUUGCUUGAGGACCCCUGUCCCAAAGGGGGCUCCUCUCAGGCCUGUGGGCUGCACGGAUGCCAGUGGGAAAAUGGGAUUCUCUCCCCAGGGUGCUGGUAGAAGGGCAGAGCUGCUCGUCCCCAGGCCGGCCCUCUCGUCUGCCUUUCCAAAAGUUGCCUUGGCCUUCUGUGCCCUUUGGGUCUCUCCUCGUCUGUUCUCCUGGCUCUGGGGGGAGUGUGGGGGUUGCUGCCUCCCAGCUGCCUGAUCUUGCUGCCCCAAAGACCAUCUAGUGGGCUCUUGGCUGUGAACCUCGGGAAACAGAGUUCAUGUGAUGGGGGAGCUCAGAACUUAAGAAUCUUGCAGAAUUCUUACAGCGGCCUGUCCGUUCUGCCUUCUAACAGGUCAAGAUUCAAAAGAUGAGAGGGCGCUCCGGGAGCCCCUGGUGCUUCUCUUGGGUGGCCCCCGGAGCCCCCUGCUCUUGCUCCUGGGGCAGUGACCCUCUUCCCUUUUAGCCUCGGCCAGCCCCACAGAGGCAGUGUUCCUCGAGUGGCCUGUGGGUGUGGACAGCGAGGGUCCCAGCAGGGGGUGACUGGCCGGCAGGGAGCCCUUUUUGCACACUGGCUCUGUCCAGAGUCUCCAUGAGCUUCUCUGCCCUCCGCCAACCCCUCCCUUCUCUGCCCCUGGUCUCUAGGCAUAGUGCCUGAGAGCACACAGCAGUCUUUCAAUAAACCUCGGCUAAGCGGAUGAAAGAACGAAGCCAAAUGCAAGUGCUGUCUUUUGUGGUUUGAGCCCUAGGGAAGUGGCUCAGGACAAGGAUCUGCAGAGAGACUGACCCAGACCUGUCCACCCUGCUUGCACCGCGGGGCAGCCUGAGGCACAGGGGAGGCGGGAGGGCUGGCAUCUUGCUGGGCUCCCCUUUUGGGGCUCACGUCCACCUUCUUUAGCAUCUGGCCUCCGUCAGGGUGAGGGUCUCUUGUCCAGGGCUCUGGGGUCACCAGGACACCGUGUUUUGGGUGGGAAAGGGCAAGACUGGCAGCUCCCACCCUUCACCUUCUGGAUCUUUCUCUUAGUAGUUCCCACCAAAUUCUGCCCUCAUAUGGGUCACCUGCUUCCCUGCCCCCAUCAUCAAGUUUAGGGAGGCGCAGGGCUGUCGUUGGAUGGGAGAGGGUGGUCUCCAAGUGACACCCGCUCUGCUACCAGAAAAGAGACAGAUACUGGACGGCCAGAACAACAGAUGUCCCACGACAGCCCUUGCCAACGUGAGCAACUUGCCUGGCCCCCUGGUGCCAGCUCAUGGUUGGGUGGCCUGUGCUGGCUGAGUGGCCAUCCUCUGUCCCGCUGCGUGUUAGCUGCUGCUGCUUUUGUUUUCCUGACGCCCAUGUACUCAGCCAGACCCUUUGGUUCUUUUCUGGGAAAAUAGUGCUAGACGUGGCACCAAGAAGUCACAUCAUAGCACUUCGCCCUCACGACCGUCUGUUAGGUGAACAAUGACAUCUCCGUUUUGCAGACUGAAACUGAGGCUCCCAGGAGAUUGGUCCCAGCAAUAGGAGGGCCUUCAUCCGGCCCAGGCCCCGUUCUGUGCUCACUGGGUCAGCGCACAGUGACCCUCCCACAGGAGUCGCCGGCCUGCUUUGUUAUGCGGCAGGAUCACACCCUUUUAUUUUGGUCAUGUGGAUAACAGAGCACGUGUAGUCUGAUGUCUUCGGCAAUUGAGCCACCCCCUUCGCCACUGCCUCCUGCUCUCCUUUUACCCUCUUGAGCUCCCCCGUUGGCCCUGCUGCCCCCCGGCCCCCUCUGCCCAGCCUGACCUCAGGCCUGGCCCUCUGUGUGGCUGUGGUGGCCAGAGUUGGGCUCUGACCCAGGGCAGGCUAGCCCGUGGCGAUGGCACUGUUAGUGAGACAGUCUUUGGAGAAAUGCCCAAGUGUGGGAAGUUUCCUUCCCAGCACCAACCCCGACGGAAGCCCUGAUGGUUUGCUGCGGCCACCCCUGAGCCAUGCCCCUGGGGGAUCACCUGGGACCACUUCCCUCUCCCAGGCUAGCCCCUGGCCCGACCUGGACGGACAGCACCCUGGAGGCAAAUGCCCUCCUCCUUCCAUCUUCUCUGUCCUGCUGCUGGGCCCAGGCUUUGGUGUCUGCUUAGCCAUGAGGUGCUCUGUGGCCUGAGGUCUUUCUGGACAGGUCAGGUGGCCUGGAACCCAAAUUCAGGAACUUGUGGAAGUGAUUGGCCAGCUUUGAUUUUCGAGCACUUUGUGCCUUUGGCCUCCAGGAAUUCCUUUUUUCCUUAACAUCGAGUCUCCUCAGGAUGGCUUUCGGGAACAUUGACCCUAGACCUCUGCUCUGCAUUCCCAGCUUCAGGGCUCAGUUCUCUGCGGGACAGACUGCCUCGGCCUUCCCUGGCCAUGGGCUCCACAUGGGAAUCUGAAUCUGUGCUCUGAGCGCCCCAGUGUGUCCGUUUUCAUCGGUCUGAACCUCACACGGUGAAACAGCUUUGGCAGCACAAGGUCAGGUGUGCAGCAGGUUCAGGAUGCCAUGCUCCCCUCACCUGUGCAGUCUCAGACGACUUCUUUGUGGACUGCAGAAGACACUUAUGCUUCGUGACAGUCGAGAACCCAGCUCUAGAGUUCUGCCUGUUUACAUGUCUGCCAGGGAUCUGGGGAAAGUGGCAUGUGGCCUGCUGGCUGCCCCUGCAGGGGCUCAAGGCCAGCAGGGCCUGUUCUGGGACCAAUGCCGACAGCUUUCAUGUGCCAGCCUGUGUGGGAUCUGCCUCAGCACCUGCAGGGUUGAGAGCAUCCCAGGCAACGGGCCCAGGGUUUCUGGAGACACCAACAGACGGACCCAGAAGAGGGGACCUUAAGGCACUUAGGGUGUAAGGGCUGAGUCUGGCAAAGGCGUGGGUGACGAGAAGCCAGAGUUGACAGAAUGAAGAUGCCCCGAGUCAGAGGUGGAUUUGCCCAGAAGCUGAGAAGGAUUACGCUUCAGGGCCCCGUUUCUAAUGUGCCCAUGAUCAUGCGUUAACCUUCUUUAUGAGGCCCCCCAAGUUGCAAAAGCCCAAAAGCUAGGCUUGCCCUGCAUGGAGGGGCCUGAAGAUGAGCUAGUGACCAAGGCUGCGGUUUGGGCUUUUCGCAGCCUGUCGGUACCCAUGGGCCCAGGGAAGCGGUUCGAGACGGGUGAUGUGGCCCUUGUCCUGCUGGGUGUUUCCUUGGUGCGGGGGGUCAAGGAAGACAGUUGGGAAGGCGCCCAGUGAGCUCAUGGGAGGUGCGGGCCCAGAAGCGGCGGACGGAGAACAGGGUCGGGGUUAACGUGGGAGGGUUGGCCCUUGGCAUGGGGGGUGAGGAGGUGCAGAAGCUGGUGUGAUUCCAGGCCCUGGUGUGGGAUGGCGGUGGGGCACAUUGGGUCUGGAGCCCUGGGGAGGCUGCCUGGGCCUCAGCUGUGGCAUUCUUGGGCACUUUGCCCAUUCCUGAUGGUGGGAGCAGCUGACCUGACCCAGGAGAAAGUCCAGAAGGAGAAGAAAAGAGGGCAGAGGGAAGGGCACGUGACGGGAGACAGACAAGCAGGUCGAGGAGAAGUCAGCAAGUGGGAGUUGGGACAGGCAGGACUUCACCAGCCAAGAAAACGGGGAGGCGAAACAGGACAAGAUUCCAGAUGCUGGUGGCAGAGGAGUCGAGACCAUGGUUGCCAUGAGGGAGGCCGCCUGAGGUGUUUGGGGCAGUGGUGUUUGGUGAGGGGUCGGGUGCAGGAGGCGGGUACCCAGCACACGGCCAACAGCUGAGAGUGGCAGCAGCGGUCAUUGCCAGGGUUCCUGCCCUCCGGCCGAUGUGGGCAGUGCCUGUUCCCUGAGAGAUGGGACAGGCGUGGAUGCCAGGGGUGCCCCCAGCCUUCCCUCGAGCUGUUCUCAUCUAGGCCUAGUUGUCUGCAGUGUUUGGGGAGGGGUACGGUGUCACCCUCCCCCCACUCCCAGCCAGAACUCGGCCCCUUGCUCCCCCCGUCUCCCGGCACUAGCCCGGCUCUUUGGCAGAGUCUCGCCUCCCUGCAGCCAGCACGCUGCACGAGGGUCUCCUCGGACACUGCAGCCGCGCAGCCUGCCCGGCCAGAGCCUCUGGCUCCCUGGCCCAGGCCUCCCGUGCACGCCCUACCACGUGGUGGGUGGCGGGACCAGCAGAGCCCGUGAGGUGGUUCCGUGCAGGUCCCUGAAUUGGUGGCCCAGGGAGGGUGUCUUCUGGUGGUUGGCACCUGCUCCCCCCACUCACCCCAUGUGUUCUCAGAGCUCCUCUCCUCCUGGGGCACCUGCUGGCUUUCUCAGGAGCUCUGCUCCGCAUCUGAGCAGUUGAAAUGAGGCUGAGGGGAGUGAGCCAGCACAAGGAGAUGGAAAGCAGGGGUUGUUUCUUGGAUCCAGGUCAAGUGGGAGAGGCCACAGGGAGGGGUUGGCCCUGGACAGGUGGACGAUGCAGGAGAUGGAGAGAGAGGGCCUGCUUUGGGGGAGGGGAGCUGAGGGCACCCUGGGUGGUGGACUGGGGAACCUGGAGGAGAGCUCUGUUGGCCAGUCCAGGUGGAUUGAGAGAGAGGGGACUGCAAGCUGGAGGGCCUUCCAGGCUGGGUCCAACAGCAGAGAGGAUGUGAGGUGACAUCCGGCACUUAUGGCCAGCCCUGGGCAGAGCGCGUGGAGGAAUGCUCGUGGGCAGGUGCCACUGGGGUCUGCGUUUCACCAGCAAGAGACCAGGUGGCACAGCAGAUCCUCCAGCUCUGCCCACCCCUGGCCUACACUCGCAGGCACUCUCCCCCAACUACCCCCUCUCCCGCGGCAGCUGGGCCCACGCACUGUGUCCUCUCUCCACUUGGGUGGGGAGCGCCCAGUCAGGGUCCCUGGUCUGGGCUGUCCGGCCAUGUGGCCGUGAUGGGGGCGUGUGCUGCCGUGCAAACUGCCCGCGCUAACACUCUCUCUCAUUGCUCUCUUCCUGCCCCAUCUGCAUGUGGCUGCUCUGUCUAGCUGCGCGGUGGCCCCCGAGCGCCGGCUGUGUAAGUGAGCAUGCCCAUCCCAUGCCUUCCACUGUCUGCACGGCUGCUACCGCUCUGCUUGGCUGCUGGGGUUCUGGUGUCUCUGACAGCCUCCUGGCUCCUGCCGUGGCCACAGCGGGCGCAGGGAUGGGGAUGGGGUUACGGAGGAGGGUUUUCUCUGGAGCAGUCUUCCAGACUGGCCUUCUUGUGUGUCCAGGCUGGGAAGGGGCAGGAAGUCUGGGUCCUGUUGGGCAAGGUUAGCAGCGAGUGUCCUCCAAGUGUGUGUGUGGCUUGUGGCUCUGAGGGCGUGUGCUGCUGCCUGCGGUUCUCGGGUCUGACACUCCGCACCGGGCCUGCCUUGCACGCGCUGCUGCCCCUCGAUGACGUGAAUGCUGCCUGGCGCCUGUCUCAGGGUAUGCUACGAAGGACCUGUUCAUCCUGUGCUGCCUUGGUCACAGCUCAGCCAUCCCCGCUGCCAGCCCCAGGCUUCUCUGGCCCUGGUAUGGGGAGUGGUGAGGGGACUGACUGGGUCUUACUGCCCAGGGCAUCAGUGGAUGGGGCUGUGCCCAGCUCCAGCAUCCAAGGGCUGUUGGGGAGCAGCAGCCAGCCCUCUGCCACCAGAGGUCCUCCUUCCUGGAGCUGCUGUGGUGUGGAGAGAGUAAACCAUCUUAUUCUUCCCAUAUGCUCUUCAGUGCAGGUGUUGCUCCUCCCCUGCCCCCCACCCCAGCAGGGCACUGGCUCUGACCCCUCCAUACUCGGGGGUCGCACUAAACAAAAGGGCCAGGGAAAAACCACAGGAUCCCACCCUUCUUUCUUCCUCUGGACCGGAGGGACCCCUGCCUGCCCCAGUGCCCCCGCCCUGCCCCUGCCCCGGCUCUCCGUCCACCCCCGACCUCGCCUCGUGCCCCUCACCUGGCCCUGACCCCCUCUCCCU